GAUAACGCAACUGCUACCAUAAAAGAAUUAGUCCCUCAGCAAUUUGUUCGUUUGCUGAUAGGAAAACAUUGCAGUGAUAAUUUCCGAGGGAUAGAGAAAGAAUGUAGCGUGAAAAUUACCUGGCCGAAAUUCAGUGGAAGAGAAAAACAUGUGAUUUUUGACGUUAAAGGUUUGAGAUCUAAUUGUGAGCACGCAAGAGAGAUGCUAAGAGCAAAUCUGGUAAAUAUAUUCAUGUAGUAAAUUAUACGUAGCAUGCAUGCAGAGUUGAAAUACUACACAUGUAUCAUGGAAAUGCAUAAAAAACUGAGUCAUGGAAAAUGACGAGCUAUGAAACUAUACAAAUAAUUGUUGAGAGUCAAUGACGCGCAUGCUUGGUUUCUUCGUUCAGAUCAAUUUGAUUAUAAGCCUAGCUAUAUGAUUUGUUUCAUUAGUUGUUGUUUAUCUUUAGCCUGGGACUAAAGCGUUGUAGCCGUCGUUCUUCUUGAGCAUGCAUCUACUAUAGCAGAAAGUUAACAAUCCCCCCAUAGGAAAAAAAUUCUUCUGCAUAGUAAAUUGCUUUGUUUUCAAUAGGUGUCGUAAAAUUUCCGCACCAUUUAUCCUUGUUUGUCACCUGGUAAAGUGGCGAAUAAUUUAGUUAAAAACGAUAUGUUUAGAAUUUUCUAUAAGUAAACCUGCAUUAAUUACCUGGGUUAAUCUAUAAUUUGCCUGGUUAAUUCUAUAUUUCUGAACAGAUUUAAAUAAGGUUUGGGAUUUUAUACAUGACAAUCCUGGUUGUAUAUCCAUUUAGUAGUGUCUGACCGCGGUUGAUUUAGACAAAGUUUCUUAGUUAAUAAAAUAUAAAAAAAUUGAGUGCAAUAAUUACUUUUGUAAGAGAAAUCAACGUGGCAGUAAAUCUUGCAUGGCAACGUAAAUACAAUUUUUCAAUGACUUUCUGUGCACUUCAUGUUGAGAAUUGUUGACUCUGAGAAUAACUGCUAAAUGCAUUUUUAGAUAAUGGCGAUCAAAUACUGUUUAUUUCCUGCAAUCAUUGGCAGAUUUUUUGUGAAAACGCGGGCGGCACUGCAAAAACAUCCCUGAGUAUUUUGACUCAAAAAUGUGAAACCAGGUGAAAUUAAUAAAGCAACCAGAAAAUUUUACCAUGUUGAUUUAAGCAAAAUGGUACUAUUUUGAUGUUGCCACGCCGAUUUAUAAAAGAAUGGAAGAUCGGGAGACAAUGUGGGCGCUGUCGUUGUCUUCUAUAUUAUUUGGAUCCGGUUUUUUUUUUAGAAAAAGUGGGAAGAUAAUGAAGUUAGAUCUGUUUCAUCAAUGGCCUCUGGAUCUCAAACACAUUCAAAGGUAAUACUAUAAUCAUGCAUGCAUGAAAAACACAGAAUUGCCAUUUACUGAUGAAAUAUGUGUACUUAAUUUCUAUCUCCUCAAAAUCCAUCGUCGUCGCGCAUACAUGCUAUUAAUAUAUAACCCUGGUUUGGAGGUGCGGAAAAGAGGAGCGAUUAUUUUAUCGAUGCGAACGAAUUACAGUACUUGCAUGGUAUAAAUGAAAGUAAUUCCGCUCGCCAAUUUCCGAUAACACUCACACCAUGAAUUAAACACGCGACUCUUUUAAUUAUUUUGAUAAUUUUUUUUAUAUAGAGUUAUAUAAUGAUCAUGAAUAGUUAUGACUUAUGUAACCUUAGCAUGGAUGAAACAAAGCUAAUAUUACAUUAAGUAUAGUUCGACAGCAAAAACUUGCGAACCUGCACCUUAUUCUUACAUUUUGCGAUUAACAACAUCGCGUAAUAUAAUUUACUGUUAUACAGUUGAAGCCAUAUAUCAAUGUGAUAUGUAAAUAUGGAGUUGAUGACCAUGCUAACCAUGAUUGUAUUUGUGUGUUUUUGGCUGGCUGAAAAUAGUUUUUUAUGUAUUUUAUACUUAUCUAUAUUUAUAUUCUUAUUUGGCUGCAUAUAGUUUUUGUAAAUUUCCUCUUUCAGCGAAUUAUUAUCAUUUAUAGACCCUCCGCACGAGGGAUUCUGCGGAAUAUUACCCGAAGUGAUGAUAUUUUCCGAGGGGCUUUGCCCCAAGGAAAAUAUCAUCACUGAGGGUAAUAUUUCGACGAAUCCCCCGAGCGGAGGGUCUAUAAAUGAUAUGUUAUACCGAAGGUUAAAGAACCCACCAAGUUCAGAAUAAACUUUAAAACUUGAAGCGAAUACAAUUAUUUUUAAUUUCUUAUGCAUACAUGAGUUUUUGACGUUUUUUCUUUAAAAUAUUUGAGCAUGUAUCCUUUGGAUCGUUGAAGGUAACAUACGUCUUGAAAAUCUUUGGUUAACUUAAAUCAAUAAAUCUUCUGUACGAAAUUACGAACAACAGCUCGCGAACGCCAUAUUGUUUCAGAGCGUGGUGUCCACGCGUCACGCGUGAGAUACUAUAAUAUCCCACGGUGGAUCAACCGUGCGAUAUUAUAGUAUCUCACGUUGCAUUGCGAAAUCAUGAAUUUGAGUGAAAUACCGUAAAAAAUCACAUUAUCACGUCGUACAAAAUGAUGUUUUUUCAUUGGACAAUUUGAAUCUGAAGUAUAAUAUUAUAAAAAAUGCUAAAUAGUUUGCUUCUUUUUGCAACGAAGGCGAUUGGUGAUGUAAAAAAUAUCGAAGUACCAAAAGAAUAUAUACAUAUUGUUGUGGGCAAAGGACGUAAAAAUUUAGAAAAAAUUGAAACGAAAACAGGAGCCAAAAUCAUAGUACCCUCUCGCCAAGAUGUCGAAGGUAGGUUACAAUACGAAAAUAAACGUUUUGUUUCCAUGUUACUCGAUCUGAAAUGCUAUUGUUUGUUUGCUGGAAAGUUUCCGAAGCUUUCUUUCUGUUGGCAUAAGACCUCAGCUUUCAAUAUUUUUUGGCAAAUUGUAAGACGUGUUUUUGCUCGCUAUUCUGGUUCAAGUAAAUAGAUGCAAUGCCCGGUUGAAUUGCGUUGACGACGCAACGUUUCGAUAUUCUAUACUGUAGUGAAAAAGAAGUCUUUAGUUAUACCUCUUUGUUUGCCAAACAAGCAUAACUGAGAAACGACAAACCGCGAUACUUUUUUAAAUGCUGCAGCGUAGCAGCAAGCAAUCAAGCUAAACUAAUGAUCUUUGAUUUAAUCUCAUUCCACCAAAACUUUUGGGGGAAUGUAUGGGAAGACUAAAAGACAAGGCUUUGGUAGGGCUUUGGAUUUGGUUUUCCGCACGCAUUCAAACAUUAACAAAUGAUCAAUUUGAUACAAAAGAUUGCGUAACUGAGAAUAUAAAUCCUAUAGCUACAUUAUUGUUAUAAAAAAUAUAUAAAGUGUUAUAUAUAUUGUAAAACACCGCUUCUCCUGUUUUAGAGUUAUGGAUUCAUAUAGGGUUCCCCUGGAAAUGUUUUGCCACGGACCACCCGCAACCUUUCGAUGGCCAUACUGCAGGAAACGUUUUCACUUACAAAAUGAUUUUCAAAAACAACCUGAUAAAAAUAAGGACCAUAGUAAAAUGAUCUAAUUUUAAAUUCGAACUGAAUUUUUGGUUGUUUCAAUAAAGUUUAAUUCUUUAUUGCGAGUAUUUCUACCAUGCUCGUUACACCCCUGAGCAUUUGUACAGGUCACUUUUUUAAGUAUGAAACCACAUCUUGAUGGUAUUUAGUAGCCACGAAUCGUCGGUUUUGUGGACGGUGAUAAGGCACUCUCUUUAGCGCCCUUCUAAUCAUAUUGAAAAGCUAGCUUUUAACUUAAUUUUCGCAGUGAGUUCGUUCAGAGUUUGGAGGAUCCCAUAGAAGGGAUUAUAUAUAGAAGGCAAGCGGUUGGUUAUUUUGAGUAGUCAAAUAUAUAUUAAUGUAUUGUCAUGAUUUGUUAAAUAUCCUAUCCGAAAUAAAAACCUCAAACCUCUAGAUCUAUUGAAGCUAAUGUACAUGUAAUAAUAUUACAAAGGAUAGUACGGUAGGAGUAUUUUUGGGCGACCCUUGCAAACAUUUACCUUUCCUUUUUAGAGAGCCAUGCAUACUAAAUAUAUUGACUCGUUUUUUCCCUUUUAAAGCUCAAGAUGGAGACACAGUUCGGGUGAAAAUUAUUGGUCCACCGAAAAAGAGUGACGCAGCUGAAUCGCGUAUUAGACAUUGCAUAGUAAGUUUUUUUUUAUUUUCUGUCGAUGGAUAAGGACUAAUAUUUGUAAGAAUUUCAUGACUUUAAAUUUUCUCUUCAAGACUUUCCAUAAAGAGAAAAUGAUGAGGUAUGAAUUUGGAGGCGAUAAGCAUUUUGUUUGCUUCGCCUAUAAGGAUGAAAAUGAAAAUGAACAAUUUCGUUUAAAGCUGGGUAGAAGUGCCCCUAAAUUGGAUGGCUUCAUUCAAAGAGAAAGAUAUAGAAUUGAAACUGACGAUGUCUAUCAG